AUGCACUUGGUCACCUCUCUGAAAACAGCAAAGCUAAUACUGUUGGGCUACAGCUCCUGUCCACCAUAAUGAAUCUCCUGAGUGCUGUAGCUCUUCUUGGACUCCUGUUGAUGGGAACAUGGGCACAGGUGGGGCCCAGCACAACAUUGCUGUCCUGUGAUUCCCCUGAGGCUGAAGAGGCAGCCUUGGUGGCCCAGGAUUACAUCAAUGGCCAACAUACACAUGGAUACAAAUACGCCCUAAACAAAAUUGAGGAGUUCAAGAAAAUAACCAAACCAGAUGGCAGUGAAGUCUAUCUUAUGGACGUGGAACUGCUGGAGACUAAAUGCCACGUCCUAGAUCCAACUUCUGUAUCCGCAUGCCCGGUCAGACCCAAGGCAGAAAUGGCAGUGGAGGGGGAUUGUGAUGUUGUCCUAUCAAACGAUGCUGGAGUUUUUUCUGUGGUGGCCUACAAAUGCAAAUCAGAGCCUGAAGAGUCAUCUGAGGAACUAUGUGUGGGCUGCACCCAUCUUAUUCCAUUCAACGACACGAAUGCCCAGAAUUUAGCCUCUGCUUCUUUGGAACUUUUCAACAACAAAACAGGAAAUGCUACAUUUGCUUUGCUCGAGAUUGGACGAUUGGCUUCCCAAGUUGUCUCUGGAGGUCCAAAACUCUUUGCUGAGUAUGCCAUUAUUGAGACAAACUGCACAAGUCUUGAUGAGUUCUGUGUUCCUCUUAAUCAUACAACUGCUCGCCACGGUUUCUGUCUUGCUGAAGGUGCUGGCCUUGAUGUUGCAGUUGACUGUAAAAUCUUUGCUGUUCCUACUACUGUUGUGGACCCACUCACAAAUGGCUCGGUGCCAGCUCUACCACCAGUUGUCCUUCAUGCUCACACUGCCGGCCCUGGACAAACCCCAUCAAUCCAUGGUCUCAGACAUCACAAGUUGCUUAAAAUCCAUGACCCUUCUGUAAGUGGGCUGCUCUCUGAAUCUGCUGAAUCAGCAGAAGUGCUGGCAGAACCUGCUGCUCCCAUUGUGAAGAGGGAAGUGCCAGCAUCUGAGAUGACAGUCUCUGAAAAUCCCAACACUAAUACAGAGCCACAGCUCCUCAUGCCUCUUUGCCCAGGAAAGGUUAAACAUUUCUGAGUUACAGAUAAAUUCAUUUAACCCACUGUCCAAAACAACAUCACACACAUGUUCGUCCCUGAACAAGUUUGGUAAUGUUGAUGGGCAGGAAGCCCAAAGCUCUUUUAACAUGUUAUGAUACUUCUAAAUGGUGCUAAAGACUCAAAUGUACUUGAGAGCUGUGUGACUUACUCUGCUGUAUAAUGAAGACUCAUUUACAGCAUAAUCUGAUUUUCUUUGGCUUUAAAAAGGAAGAUCACCAUUGUUGAACUGUUUUGAUCUCUGGUUCUUGGCCUGCCAGCCACAUUUGAGUAAACAUCUACAUAUGCUAUA